AUGUCUUCGGAAGAUAUCACCAACCAAACAACGUCUCAGGACUCUGUAAUACCUCCAUCCUCCUCAAAUGCAACUUCUUUGAACAGACACGAUGACUCGUCUUCGAAUUCGUUGCCUUCUGACUUUUUAACCAGCUCAGUUCCUUUGCCACAACCACCGGAAAACCCUGCCAACACGGUUCCUUCCAAAACGCUAUGGAUGGGGGAUCUUGAAGCUUGGUGGGAUGAGGAGCACAUUGGAAAUCUGUGGGCCAAAUUAGAUAAGCAUGUCGAAGUCAAGGUUAUCAAGCCAAAACAUAAUCUUUUAAUGCAUCAGUUAGCCAAGACAAAUGGCCAGGGCAUCGUUAAUCACUCAGGAUACUGCUUCAUAGAAUUUGACUCACCAGACCUGGCCACUGAUGCUCUAUCCCUGAAUGGCACUACUAUUCCAGAUUCAAAUAACAAGACAUUCAGGUUAAAUUGGGCAUCAGCAGCAACACUAGACUCUCAGGUUGCUCAGACACCUGAGUACUCCUUGUUUGUUGGCGACCUCUCUGCUGGAACCACAGAGGCUCAUUUAUUAGCAUUAUUCCAGUCACACUUUAAUUCCAUCAAAACAGUUCGGGUGAUGACAGACCCCUCAUCAGGCUUAUCCAGAUGUUUCGGAUUUGUCAGAUUUAGCAACGAAGAGGAUAGAAGAAAUGCUUUAGUUGAAAUGAACGGAAAAUGGCUAGGCGGUAGACAAAUCAGGGUUGCCUUGGCUACUCCAAAGCACCAAAAUAUGAAACAGUCCAUGUAUGUUAAUACAAUCAACGGUCCUAUGCCUGCUGCCUCAAUCGGCUUCUAUCCUCAUUUUAAUCCAAACAAUAGGGGUAACAUCAAUAGCAACAUGAAUCAAGGCUUCAAUGAUUUGAACAACACCACUGUUUUUGUGGGAGGAUUGGCCAACGGCUUGAACGAAGAUACAUUGUUAGCCCUUUUUGAACCGUUUGGCCCAAUUGCAAACGUUAAAGUUCCACCAGGAAAAGGUUGUGGGUUUGUCAAAUUUGCCAAACGUGAAGAUGCAGAAAAUGCAAUUGAAAGCAUGCAAGGUUUUGUCAUUGGAGGUUCAAGAGUCAGACUCAGUUGGGGCAGACCAAGCAAUAAAAAUUUCCCA